UCUUCCAAAGGAAACCUACUUUCGGUUUUGAAAUAUUUUGGAAGUCCGAAACAGUGUGCUGUUUCAUAUGAAAUAAUGAAUAGAAUGGAUGAUUUACCAGAAAAUCUUUUGUUGAAAAUAUUUGAGUAUCUUGCUGUGAAAGAGCUUUGUAUUGCUGGCAGGGUCUGCAGACAAUGGAGAAGAAUAGUUCGUGAUAACACUCUAUGGAGGCAUGUUGAUCUCCUGAACUAUCGCCUUGAUUUAAAGAAGAUGUGGAAAUUGAUUCGAAGUCACCUGUCUGAAUGUUUGCUCUCCAUUAAGAUCAAAGGUUUCUUGGACACAGGAAAACCAAAGUUUGGUGCUUAUUCUUUGUCAGAUGCCAUGUUGAAGGAUCUAAAAGAAAGGUGUCCAAACUUGAAAGAAAUUCACCUAAAAAAUUGCAACACAAUGAACUUGGAUCCCAGUCUGCUGCCUUCAGGUCUAGUCAAAUUAACGCUAGAAAAUUGUGCUAUUGAGCCAGGUUUGAUGAAGCAUUUUACAAGAGAUUUGCCAGAGUUGUCGUAUUUAGAUGUGUCCAGAACUGUGAGAUUUGAUGAUAGAGAGUUGUCGUAUGUGUGUGGCACAGACCAGCUAAAAGUACUAAUAAUGAAUGGUUGUUACAGAGUAACAGCAGAAGGUUUGUCAAAGGCAGCACAACAAAUGGCAAGCUUAGAAAGGAUGGAGAUUGGGGAUGCUGCCAUUGAAAACAAAAAUCAGAACUUUGAACUGGCAGCUCAUCACAUGACACGUCACAUGGUCUCUCUGAAACAUUUGAAUUUACAAGGCUGCAAACCAUUAACUUCAGAUGUACUGAAGGUUCUCCUCUCUGGUUUGAAGAAGUUGGAGACCCUUAAUGUGGCCUGCUGUUUGAUGAAGUACGAUUCAUUUGUAAACAUAGAACCAUACUUGAAAAAAAUAAAACUUCUGGAAAUUUGUUCCUCUGAGAUGGGACAUCAACAAGUAGAGGAUUUGGAGUCCAUCUUGUUAGAAUGCUCAGUCAAAAUGGUGAGAUGUGUUAAAAGUUGCAGUUCUGCUGUGGUUUCAUCCUAGUACAUGUAUAUGUACUGUUUAUAUAGAAAGGCAUACAAAAACUGCAUGACUAUCUGAUUUCACUACACAGUUUAUUAGCAUAUACUGGUAUGCUUGAACAUUUUUAUUAUUUAUUAUAAUUUAUUUUGACCAUGUACAUGCAUGUAUUUAUAUACUUUUGAGAUUUUUAAAAACAUAUUCCUUAAGUAGAUUCAAAUGUUUAACUAAGAUAUAAUAUUAUUUAUUAUGAAUAUUGACAUUGGCUUAUCAUUAGAAAUAUUAUAAGCAAUUCAAAUUUAGCAUGUGUUGAAAUGUGAGUAUUGCAUCUAGAUUAAUAUUUAUAUAAUUUUUGUUCUGUGAUAGUUUUAAAUUUAAUUUUUCUUCUGUUUUUUUUUUUCAAUAUUUAGUAUACAUGUGAAAUAUAUUAUUUACAUUGUACAUAAGUUGACUCAGGAAUAGUAAAAUAAACAAAGUACUGAAGUAGUACUGAAAGCCGGACUCUU